AUGGCGACCAGCGAGAAGAAAGCGGACGAAGCGAAUCUCCCCGACGCGAAGGAUCCCGACUAUGAUGCAAACGUGGCGAAGAUCGUCCGGGAACAUAACAAGCAGAAGAUCGAUGGCGCUCUCUACGCCUCCGACCACACGCCGACCGACGAUCGACCCCAUUGGGCGGACCAGGUCGUGCCCAUCGAGUUCAAACAGGGCAAAGCCUUCCUGGACCCCUUCGACGACAGGGAGCGCGAUGGCGACGCCAGCGCCGCCUCCCGCAAGAAGGUGCGCGGCCAGAUCGCCCAUUACGUCGAGUCGGUGCUCCUCGAUCAGCACCGCACCUUCCUCUUCUUCAUCUUCGUCCUCGGCCGCAAGAUUCGCUUCACUCGCUGGGACUACUCUGGCGUCGUCAUCACCCCCCUCAUCGACUACUACCAACAGUGGGAAACAACUUGCGACAUACUCCAACGUAUCGCCUUCCUCGCCUGUCACGGGCGCGGCGAGGGCGUCGGAUUCGACCCCACCGCCGAACGACUCCGGGAGGGUCAUGAUCUCUUCACCAAGAUGACCGAGGUCGCCAAAUCGAAGCCGACCGACGUUGACCACACCGAGCGCAAACUGAAGGACGACGAGCUCCUCGAAGUCGAAGGGGACAUCACCUUCACCUACGUCCGCGAUCGGUUUCGCGAGUCGAUCCGGAAGGGGCCGCGGUACGCGCUGUCGGUUCCCGACGAGGACGGCGGCCAGAGGAUCAUCCUCGUCGGGCGAGCCGAGUUCGCGGCUGGUGGCGCUACGGGGCGGUUCACCCGCGGCUACGUCGGGUACGACACGAAGACGGGCCUCUUCGUGUGGCUCAAGGAUACGUGGCGCCCGGACUACAAGGGGCUGGCGAAGGAAGGCGACACGCUCAAGGAGCUCUACGCAGCGAACGUCACGAACAUUCCGACGCUGGUUUGCCACGGCGACAUCGGCGAGCAAGUCACCCGGACUCAUGACUUCUGGACGAAGCGUCACGACGAAGAGCUCGACGAUAUUGCUUGCCCGUUGCGGCGCCACCGGCACUACCGUCUUUGUGUCAAAGAGGUCGGACUUCCUCUGGAUUCUUUUACGAGUCCGCGCCAAUUCGUGACAAUAAUGGCACAUGCGGCAGUAGCGCACCGCGACGCCUUCAAGGCGGGGGAAACAUUGCAUCGAGAUAUCAGCGGCGGCAACAUCAUCGUCUACCCUCGUGUCCAGGUCGUGAAAUCUCGUCUGCUACUGUGGAUAGGACUUCUCACCGACUGGGAGCUCGCGAAGAAAACGAACUCGCCGAAAAUAUGGACGCAACCAGGUCGAACAGGAACUAUGCAGUUUAUGUCGAUUGCCAUGUUGGAAGAGAGCGGCAAAGUCGCGGAGCUCUCAGACGACUUAGAGUCGUUCUUCUACGUCAUCCUCUACUACCUGGUCCGCUUCGUCAAGUCAGCCUUGGGGACACCGGAGGACAUCUUUCACUGGCUUGAAGAGUUUUUCGACAGCUACGUCGUCGAGGGCGGGAUGUACACCUGCGGCGCCGCCAAGAUGAACACC